AUGGACGAUGCGGAUAAGUCACAGCCGACGAAAUUGGAGGACUCAACGGUCACGGUGUCGCCCGUGGAUAGGCAGAUCAGCCCGCCAACAACGACGACGAAGCUUGGGAAGGGAGCCAUCGCGCUGCCGAACUACGACAACUGGCUGCAAGAGAAGGUCAAGAAGCCGACGGUGGUGCAGAAGGCCAAGGCGUUCGGGGUCAAGGUCAGGAAGUUCAUCUACCGCAUCCAGGACAUUCCUCCGAGCAAGGACGGGAGACACAUCGACUUGGAUCCGAACAGGCGCGACCCCAGGAUCGACGAGCGGACGAACAAGCCGUACAUCAGCAAUUGGAUCCGGUCGACGAGGUACUCUGCGUGGAACUUCUUGCCCAGGCAGCUCGUGGCGCAGUUCUCGAAGUUGGCGAAUUUCUAUUUCCUUUGCGUUUCGAUCCUACAGAUGAUACCCGGUCUUAGUACCACCGGAACGUACACCACCAUUGUGCCGCUUCUGUUCUUCGUGAGCUUGUCCAUCGCUAAAGAGGGUUAUGACGAUUUGAGGAGGUACCGCCUCGACAAGGCUGAGAAUAAUAGGGAGGCUCAAGUCUUGAAGCCAUCCCGCCCGGCGGCGACACGUAGUUCCAGCGAUGGGGGGACUCUGUCGUCUACGUCUACCAGGGAUCUGGAGUGGGAGUUUGUCAAAUGGCAGGACCUCCAGGUCGGCGACCUCGUGAAGUUGGAGCGAGACGAUGCCGCACCGGCGGACCUGGCUCUCCUGCACACGAGCGGCGAGAACGGCGUGGCGUACGUGGAGACCAUGGCCCUAGACGGAGAGACCAACCUGAAGAGCAAGCAAACGACCGCGUCCGUCGUCAAGGCCAUCCAGAGCCAAGAAGACGUGAUGCACUGUGCCGCUGAAUUCGUCGUGGAGGACCCUAGUCAGGACCUGUACAACUUCGAGGGCAAGGUCACGCUCGACGACAAAUCCGCGCCCCUGACCAUCAACGAGAUCAUCUACCGCGGCAGCAUCCUCAGGAACACUCCCGAUGCUCUGGGCAUGAUCAUCUACUCCGGCGAGGAGUGUCGUAUCCGGAUGAACGCCAACAAGAACCCUCGUAUCAAAGCCCCUGCCCUGCAAUACGCCGUCAACAGGAUCGUCAUCCUCAUCGUGUUCUUCGUGCUCGCGCUCGCCAUCUUCAACACCGUCGCGUAUCAGAUCUGGUCGAACCGCACGGAGGACAAGCUGUGGUACCUAUCCGGCGUGUCGGUCUCCUUCUUCCCGAACCUGACGUCCUUCAUCAUCAUGUUCAACACCAUGAUCCCGCUGUCCCUCUACGUGAGUCUGGAGAUCGUCAAGCUGGCGCAGAUGUGGUUCCUGCACGGCGACAUCGACAUGUACGACCCGGUGUCCGACACGCCCUGCGAGCCGCGGACGUCCACCAUCAACGAGGAGCUCGGCCAGAUCAGCUACAUCUUCUCCGACAAGACGGGCACCCUCACCGACAACUCGAUGAAGUUCCGCAAGAUGAGCAUCGCGGGCAUGUCCUGGCUCCACAACGUCGACCUGCAGGACACGCAGAAGAAAAAGAUGCUGCACAAGAAACGCAAGAAGGGCAAACAGCCCGUCAGGAAGAGCGUCCGCUCCGCAAAAGACGUCCAGUCCCCUAUCGAACCCGCCACCCCCGCAGUCGAGAUCCCCGACCCCCUCGACCACGACCUCGAGUCCGAAGCCGCGGGCUCGAAAUGGCAGUCCUCCGCGCGGCCCGGGAAGUCGCAGCGCGAACUGUUGACCACCGACAUGAUCAAGUACAUCCAGCGCAAGCCCUUCACGCCCUUCUCGAAGAAAGCCCGCAUGUUCCUCCUCUCGCUGGCGCUGUGCCACACGUGCCUGCCGGAGGCGCAGGAGGGCGGCGGCGGCAAGAUCGAAUUCAUGGCGUCGUCGCCGGACGAGCUGGCGCUGGUGCAGGCCGCGCAGGACAUGGGAUUCCUGGUCAUCAACCGCGACGUGCACACCAUCACGCUCAAGAUCGUGCCGCAGGGGGCAGCGGGAGCGGACGCCGAACCCACGAUGGAAACGUACGAGAUCCUCGACGUCAUCGAGUUCUCGUCGAAGAGGAAGCGCAUGUCUAUCAUCGUGCGGUUUCCCGACGGCCGCAUCUGCAUCUUCUGCAAGGGCGCGGAUUCCAUCGUCAUGCAGCGUCUCAAGAUGGCGACGUUGGCGAACAAGAAGAUGGUGGAGAUCGAGGCCCGCGCGAAUAGGAGGAAGAGCGUGGAGGCUCAGCAUGCCAUCGCGCGCCGCAGCGAGCAGACGGAGCGGAAGAGCAGCAUCGGGGGGAACAGGCGGAGCAUGACGCUGGGUCAGGCGGCGCGCGCCUCCCUGAGCAUCGGUAGGCCGUCUCUGGGCCGGCCUAAUAGUUCGGUCGGCAGGCCCAGCAUCGGGGGCAGGUCGCUUCAGCAGGUGGAUCAGUGGCUCCGCGAGCGGGAGAACGACUUUGAGAUCCAGUCUAUCGGGGAGACUGCGCAGCUGCAGACACCUCGUCAGUCAGGGCUCGGAAGGAUGUCGAUGGCGUUCUCCGAAGCUAGGAGCUCGUUCCAGGUUGAGGAGAUGGAGGAGAUGGUCGAUGAGCACGUUGCGGCUGACGAGGCUGCCGUCAUCGAGCGGUGCUUCCAGCACAUUAACGAGUUCGCUACGGAGGGUCUGCGGACGCUUCUAUAUGGCUACCGAAUCCUCGACGACGACGAGUAUGCGACCUGGAAGAAGGGCUACCUCGAGGCGACGACCAGUCUCGUCGACCGGGCACGCAGGAUCGAAGAAGCCGGGGACGAGAUCGAGCAACACCUCGAACUAUCCGGCGCGACGGCCAUCGAAGACAAGCUCCAGCAGGGCGUCCCAGAAGCCAUCGACAAGCUUCGCAGGGCCAAGAUCAAGAUGUGGAUGCUGACGGGCGACAAGCGCGAGACGGCCAUCAACAUCGGACACUCGUGCCGCCUCAUCAAAGACUACUCCACCGUCACGGUGCUCGACCACGAGACGGGCGAGGUCGAACAGAGCAUCGCGGGCGCAAUCCUCGACAUCAACAACGGCGGCGUCGCGCACUCCGUCAUCGUCAUCGACGGCCAGACACUCAGCCAGAUCAGCGAGGUCGAGCCCCUGAAGCUCCUCUUCUUCGAGCUGGCCAUCCUCGCCGACUCCGUCAUCUGCUGCCGCGCAUCACCCUCCCAGAAAGCCAGCCUCGUCAAGAACAUCCGCAAGCGCGUCAAGAAGAGCAUCACGCUCGCGAUCGGCGACGGCGCCAACGACAUCGCCAUGAUCCAAGAAGCGCACGUCGGGAUCGGCAUCACUGGCAAAGAGGGCCUCCAAGCCGCGCGAACCAGCGACUACUCGAUCGCGCAGUUCCGCUUCCUCACCAAGCUCCUCCUCGUCCACGGCCGCUGGAACUACAUCCGCACGUGCAAGUACACGGUCGGCACGUUCUGGAAGGAAAUGGUGUUCUACCUCACGCAAGCGCUGUAUCAACGCUCCGCGGGCUACACGGGCACCUCGCUGUACGAGUCGUGGUCGCUGUCCAUGUUCAACACGCUCUUCACGUCGCUGCCCGUCAUCUUCAUGGGCGUCUUCGAGAAGGACCUCUCCGCAGCUACGCUACUCGCCGUGCCAGAGCUCUACACUAAGGGCCAGCGCAACGGCGGAUUCAACUUCAAGGUCUACCUGGGCUGGAUGUUCAUGGCGAGCGGCGAGGCAAUGCUCAUCUACUUCUGCAUGCUCGCUCUUUACGGCGAAGCCCCCUUCACAGAAGACAACAGCAUCUUCGCCCUCGGCGUGCUAACCUACACCGCCGCCGUGACCCUCAUCGCAUUGAAGAUGCAAUUCAUAGAAACACACUCCAAAACCCUCACCAACGCCAUCGCGCUCAUCCUCUCCGUCGGCGGCUGGCACCUCUGGAACAUCAUCCUGUCGCAAACCUACAACCCCUCCAACAAAAUCUACUACGUGCGCACGACCUUCGUCGAAACCUUCGGCCGCAGCCUCAAGUGGUGGCUCACGCUCAUCCUCAUCCUCGCGGGCGCCUGCAUCUUCGAGUUCGGCGCCACGGCCCUGCGCGCGGCGUAUUUUACGGCGGAUGAGGACGUGUUUCAGGCGCUUGAGAAGGAUCCUGGGGUUAAGAGGAGGUUCGAGGAGGCGGCGAGUGGGGAGUUGCAGGCGGGGUGGGAGAGGGGGGAGAAGAGCGAGGAGGAGAGGGUGAGGGGGGUGGUGGAGAGGUUGGAACGCGAGGCGCAGGAGAGGAGGGAGGGGGAGGUGAAGGAGUUGUUGAGGGGGAGGGUCGAGGAGGUUGCGUCGCCGUCCGUGGUUCCCUCCGCGGGGGCGGCGGCGGCGAAGAGUGAGGAGCAGGAUCCGGAUCGUGUGUGGGAGAGCGGGUUUGGGAGGGUUAAGACGGAGGAGUUGAGGAAGGGGGAGGGCGUGUGA